AUGCAAGCACUUACCUCUUCCUUCGUCUCUCGUUCCCUCGUCCCGACCACUCCUAGGCGACCUCGAGUGCGACCACUGUCAGUAGCUCCCAUGACCGUUUGCAUUGACCAAUCGCGCAAGGAGAAAGUGGUUGUCAUCAUGGGAUCCACCGGGACAGGAAAGUCACGCCUCUCAGUCGAUCUUGCAACCCGUUUCUCCGCCGAGAUCAUCAACUCUGACAAAAUGCAAUUCUACAAGGGGUUGGAGAUCACGACGAACCAAAUCACUAUCGCUGAGCAAUGUGGAGUCCCUCACCAUCUACUCGGUGAGCUUCCUGCGGAUGGCCCCGAACUAACUGCCUCGGAGUUCCGAUCAUUGGCGUCAGGGUCCAUCUCUGAGAUGAUCUCUCGUGGGAAGCUCCCUAUAAUAGCAGGUGGAUCUAACUCCUACAUACAUGCCCUCCUUGCUGAACAUUUUGACCCUGAAACAAAUCCGUUCUAUAAACCGUUGAUACCUUCCAAGUUGAGGUACAAUUGCUGCUUCCUCUGGGUGGAUGUCUCGGUCUCAGUUCUGUACCACUACCUCUCAAAACGUGUCGACCAAAUGAUGGAGUCAGGGAUGUUCGAGGAACUCGCCAAUUUCUACAACUCUAAAGACUCCCGGUCCACAACCCGAACCGGGAUUCACAAGUCUAUAGGAGUACCGGAGUUCGACCGGUACUUCGAAGUCUACCCGCCGGAGAAGCACGACAAGGCGUGUGAGUGGGACACAACAAGAAAGAAGGCGUACGAAGAAGCAGUACAGGAGAUCAAAGAAAACACCUGGAGGCUUUCAAAGAAGCAGAUAGAUAGAAUCAUGAAGCUGAGAAGCAGUGGUUGGGAGAUUCACAGGUUGGACGCUACGGCAUCAUUCAGGGCACAGUCAAGAGAGGUUUGGGACAAGAACGUUUUGGAGAAAAGCGUCAAGAUAGUGAAACGCUUCGUGCUCGAAGACUAG